GAGCGAGAGCAAGCAAGACCUGGACUGGGCCAGGACCAAGACCGAGCAAGACAAGACCUUAGACCAAGACACAAACACCCCGUCAUCAUCACCACCACCACCAGCCGCCUUCUUCCCCUCUGGCUACCUCCGACUCUUUUUAUUUUCUAGGCUCUUUUUAUUAACGUUUCUACGGCACUUGUCCUCCUCGAGGCGUCUCGGCUUGGGUCUACUUAUUCUCUUGGGAUCGGCUCGUUUUUCCCACUUCGACAUUGCCUUUCCUCAGCCCAUUCUAUCUUCUAUUCGUCCACUCGAUUUGUUCUUGCAUUCAAUCCACUCCAAUCCAAUCAUCCUCCAGGCUGCGCCCACUUCCUCGACCCUGACGUCUCCCACCUCUUACUCCUGAGCAUUGCUUCUCUUUUAAUGACGUUCCGAUCACGAUUUGAAUGAAAGACUUACAAGCAUUCGACCGACUGUCCUUCGCCAACGCUCGUCUUCUCUUUCUAUCUGACGGUGCCCGAUCAAGCGCAUCUGUCUGUUUGCGGCAUCACCACCACCACCACGGUCGCCUGAAUUAGUCUUUCGUCUCAGCCCCCGCCUCCGUUGUUGGCGACUGUUCUUUCAUAAUCGUCAGGAUGAUGAGCUUCGAUGGUGGCACAGCUUACGCCGAGUCCGACGCCGACGACGAAUACGAGCGAAGCAUGGGCGACCACUCUCCUAUCACCAACUCUGAGGCUUCCCCCAUAGACUCCGAGCUCUCGACCUCUGCAGAGCAUACUCCUACUACAUACGGGCACCGCAGCAGUGCCGACCGUCUCCCAGAAACCAUCAUCACCGAAUGGACCGUUGAGGAAUGUGCUGAUUUUAUUGGCACCAUUGGUCUUCAACAGUAUGCCGAUCGCUUUAUAGAAAACGAGAUUGUUGGCGAGGCCCUGGUAGCGUUACAACAUGAUGAUCUCAAGAGCAUGGGCAUUGCUAGCGUGGGACAUCGCCUAACGAUCCUCAAAAGCGUAUAUGAUGUCAAAAGGGCUCAAGAUGUCCCCAUUGAGAGCGACCAUUACCUACCCCUAUCCGCCGACGCCGAAGCGCAAUAUGCUACCGCAACUAUCAAGGACAUCAAACAUCUUGUCGAACAAUUCCGUCUCCGCGAUGAACGCAUGAACCUACUCGAGCAGGAUCUGCGACGAAUGACAGAAGAUUUCAGACGAUUGCGAGAGGAUAUGCUCCCGGCCUUGCGCUUGGUCAAGGAUGCGCAGCAGCCGUUGCCCAACCUGAGUGGUAACAGCCAGCAGGCCUACGGCUACGAAACAACCAUAUCGCCCCCCGCACCAACACCACCCCCAGGCUCGAGUCAAUCUGGAAGCUCAGUCAAGCGACAAUAUUCUACCCGCAAGAUUCUCAUCGGAGCUACACCAAAGAAUGCAUCACCCACUCAAUCUACGCACGAGAGGUCAAUAGCGGAGACUGCGUUGGACCCCGCAAGUGCUGCAGAGCGAGCUGUCCUAUCGUCUUCCCAUCUUGCAGCUAUGAACGGAGGUGGCCAGGGCUCGUCCUCCCCUUCGUAUCCCUCACCCAACAUACCCUCCCCGACAUCUCCUCAGACCCACAUGUCCGCUACGACCCUCGCCUCUCGAUCCUACCGCAGUGAAGCACCGACACCCUCCACACGAACCACCUUCAACGACGAAGGUCACACCAACGCAGUCUAUGCCUCCCGCGAAAAGGCACCGCAAGGGCCGCCCCGCCGACGAGAAACCCCUGUACCUGAUACACCCAGUCAGAGCAAUGCUUCAGUCGAGAUCUUCAAAUCUUUCCGUGUCAGUAUGGAAGACCCCUGCUACAAGGUUCUUCCUGCUGCGCUGAAAAAGUACCAGAUCAACGCUCCAUGGGACCAGUAUGCUCUCUAUAUUGUGUACGGCGAUCAGGAACGUUGUCUGGGCCUUGAGGAGAAGCCAUUGAUUCUGUUUAAGCAACUGGAUAAGGAAGGCAAGAAACCCAUGUUUAUGCUACGAAAGACAACAACAGCACCUUUAGAUGGAGAACCAGGAAGCGCUGGGCUGGGCAGCACCUCAAGAGGGGCACCAACAGGCUACGAUCCCCCAGGAGGAAUCAUCUAAACUCUACUCAGAAUCGGUGCCUCAUGGUGGAGUUUCCCAACGAUCCAAGCACAAAGUAUCGGACGGCGCCUACCGAAACCCGAGUCCAUUCGAGUGGUGAGCACGAGACGCAUUCUGUACGUCAGACAUGCAGGGUCGACACAAACCACCACCUACAAGGCCGUACGAUGCUGGACCAAGGUCUAGAUGCGUUUCUUGGAAGUGGGACAAGGCAAGAGUCGGCAAACCUGUAGAGGUGUCUGCAUGACGUUUGGUGAUGUUUGUUUCAGUGGGUCAGCGUUUCUGAGCUGAGGUGGUGAACCUGAAACACCAGCCAUGGGCUAUUAUGGGGCAGAACGCCAGACAGUGCUCUGGCCUACCCGCGUUUGUCUUGGGCUGAAUCACAUUAUUGACAGAUUCGGAAACUAAGAGGGGAGGCUUGUUUGAAGACCAGGGUUUAGAGAGUUGCAGGGCUGGGCAACUGAAGAUUUCCGACCGGAGGGAGAGCUUAGAGCAACUCGCUUCCUCGGCUGGUUCCACUCGAAGCUACAUAUUUGCUUUUGUCAAAGGGAUGCUCAUUGAGGCAGGACGUUGCUGUGGAAGUGAACGAUCAAGCCACGGGCAUCCAUGCGCAUGCAGCAUUUUUUUUUUUUUUUUCAUCAAAUUCAUCAUGGGGACAUUGCGGUUUACGGCGUUUGAAAAGUCGACUAAAGUUGGGUGUUAUUCUGCAAGAAGCGGCGGGAAUGUUCAUCGUCGUUCUAUUUUUGGGGCUUGCAUCUUAAUUUCAGCGCAACACAGCACAGCACAGCACGGUACAGAACAGAACAUGAAGGAAGGGUUGGUAAUCAUGGGCGAGAAGCACGGGUUGGAUCAGGACAGGUCAAUGUACAAACAGUGUUAGGGCUAAAGGAGCCAGAAUCUUUGUGAGUCGGAUCUUGUGGACAUUGCCUUGCAUAAGAGCAUAUGCUGGCGGUUGAUAAGAGUUGGACAUGAUGUUAGAGCUUUGUGACAACAAACAGACUCUUGUGUGGAGUAGAACAAGAGUAAUCUUUUCGAAGUUGAAGUUGAUAGACAACGAGCAUGUCUUUCUUUCAUGGUAUCUCUUCCGAGCACAUUUCUUAUCCAAUAUCAAGCCCUGGAUGUGAAGGUGGGUUCUGGCUCCCACUUCACAUACCAUUGCCACUCCUCUGUAAAGUCUUCCCUCUUGCUCGCUUCAACCUCUUCGACGAACGCAACCACCGCUUCCAAUGGCACUCCCCUCCUCAUGCGCGUCUUGUCAUCCCAGCUUGAAUGCACGCCUACCAAUGCCCUGGUUUUCCGAUCAAACAAUGCUGCACCGCUAUGUCCCCAGUACGUCCAGCAGCUAUGCUUAAGAGCGCCGAUCUCACUGUUAUCCUGCGGAUCUUGAUUCUUAUUUAGGCCACGGAAAGUCCCCUCGGUAAGAACGAGUGUGUCGUACUCUGUCUUUACACCACUGCGUUCAGCCUCGAGGUCCUCGGAGCCCGGAUGGCCGAUGCAUAUUAGCUCAGUGUUGAACUUGGGAGGCGAGGUUGCGAUACGGGCACGGGGAAACGGCCGGUGAGGAAGCUCGGCUUUGUCGAUCUGAAGUAAAGCGAGAUCGCGUAUUGGAUCCCAAGCUACCACUUUCGCUGAAACAACCUUUCCAUCUGAUGAUAAGAGGACGUGUGAUGCAUCAGCUGUUAGCUCAGAGGGUUCUUCUGCAACGCAGUGUGCGCAGGUGAGGAGGACCCCAUCGGGCGAGAUGCAGACUGCAGUUCCAGCCUCUGACUGUGCAAAGACAAAUGUUGCGGCUACUGUAUCAAGUCCCUUUGGACUUGAGAUGAAAGGUCGGAAAGCAUCUCGGGGAAUAGGAAUGGUGUGAGAGGUCAGCCAGUUGCGUUUAAAGAUGAGGGCAUUGUGGUGCUCUUUUGAGAGGCCAAGGCUAGAUAAAGAGAAUAGAGUUUCUAUCUCUGGUUUGUGAGAGGAAGCGUCUGUUGUCUGAUCCUUUCUUGAGGAUGCGGUGGUUGAAGAGAGUGCUCGAGUUGAACUUCUUGUUUGACGUGGCAUAGAUGGUGAUGAGCCGGUCAAAUCAAUAGUGUCAGGCAUGUUUUCUCUCAAGGCUCUAAUUGCCUAUAGAAGAUUCACGGUUUGAGUCAAGAUGUUAAGGAGGAUGUUGCAAGUUCUGUGAUGGGGAAAUGGACGGCUCUAGCCAUAUAAGUCAAGUGACCAAGAACGUGCUGCUGCCUAAUCCCGAGAAGCAUCAAGGAGUCAGCACAAUUAAGCAAUGAAUGCCAUUUACAGGACAGAUUCUACACACUCAAAUCGACCAUCGCUAUCAUCAAAGAAGCCAAACUAUUCUGGUGUUGUUGUGGCAUCCUUCAAUAGGCGAGCGCGUGUAUCCAUUGAUACCACGGAGCUUCCGGCUCAAGUUGCUUCGCCUUCCACUCAUCCACGACUGUCGUAUAAUCCUCUGGCCCAUAUGGAUCCGUCAUCUCAGCAAAUACGCCAUUCUUUCGAUAGAUUGGUAGAUCCAGGUCUUUCAGUAGUAGGUCCAGAUACGGAACAGCAUCAAACACAAAGUCGGGAAAGCUGUGGCCAAAACCACCUGGGUAUCGCCAUUUUCCGAACCGACUAUGAAGCACUGCCUCAUGCUGGAAUCUAGAUACAAACUCUGGUGAAGGAUUUCGAGGGAGAGAUGGAAUCAUAUCAUCGAAGAAGGCGUUCAUCCAGAGCGAUUGGACAUGGGAAACUAUGGGGUUGCUGAAGUUGACUAGCAUUCCCACGAAAGCAAUAUCUCGAGUCUUGAGGAACUGACUUGACGGCGGGAUGAUGAAGUGAUAUAGCGUAUACGGCGUCAGAUCUGUCGAUGGCGUAAUAGUAUCAUUGCUAGAGAGACCUUUGUCCUCUAGCAGCGUAUGAUACUUGCUAUUUUGCACUUUCUGUAUGGGCUGAUCCUUGAGGCGAGGGAACUUGUCGAAGAUCUCCUUAUCGACUUGAUCCAGGAGUGAAGCGUAAGGGAACGAGUUCGGUGACGGCGUAUGAGGCAUCCCAAUAUCCUCAGCGAUCCCUUCUGGCAGGAAUCUGAUAGGAGGAACAUGUUUCCAACCCGUUGCACAGCACAGCACAUCCGUAUGUAAUGCACUUCCGUCAGACAAGUGCACCGUUUGUGUACUCAACCUUUCGAUAUCAGCAAUAUGUAUCUUGACCAGUCCCUCCUUGACAACCUCGAAGAAGUCCUUCUCAUAGUUGAGAAUCCCUAUACUCGUUGCC